UACCUGGUGGUUGAGGUUCUUAACUUCGAAUCUAAAUGUUUUGGGGAGGAAAAAAAUCAUUUUCUACGACUGCUUUGUUCGCAAACUAAAGUUUAGCCUAUAACGAAAAAGGUGUGGUAUAGUCUGAAACUAAAGUGUAGCCUAUAACGAAAAAGGUGUGGUAUAGUCUGAAAAUUAAGUGUAGCCUAUAACGAAAAAAGGUGUUGUAUAGUCUGAAACUUAAGUGUAGCCUAUAACGAAAAAGGUGUGGUAUAGUCUGAAACUAAAGUGUAGCCUAUAACGAAAAAGGUGUGGUAUAGUCUGAAACUAAAGUGUAGCCUAUGACGAAAAACGUGUAGUUUAGUCUUACUUUAAGCUUAGUUUCAACUGACAUGAAACAGACAAUAAAGGUCAGAAACAAACAAUCGAUUGAGUCAUGAAAGCAUGUGCUUUUGUAGAUUUGGCAAGCUAAGGUUUUCCUUCGUUAUGAAAGACACUAGUACUGUUUCCAAUAGUCCCUCUUCAGUCCGUUUGAGAGGGAAAAUCGGUCACAAUUUGGGGAACCUUUGAAGGCCUAAGAGCUCGCAGUUCUGUUUUCAGUACCCUCAGGCAGACAGGUAUGGAAUAUGCACGUCUCGUUAUCAUUACGUGAUGUCAUCACCAAAAGGUCGAAAUGUCAACUCUCAACUACCGGUUUGUUACGGAGAGGACGUUGACUUACUAGGCUGGAUAUGGCUAUCUCUCCGGGCUAUAGCUAAAGUAGAUCCGUCAAGACGAGCCAAAAACAUUCAACAUGGACAACGACACAGUUUUUUUCGUACUGCUGACUUGCCUGGUCGCCUCCGACAGUGUCCAGGGAACGCUGCAGUUGUCAGCGAACGUCCCAGAAAACGCUCACGCGGGGGAAACCGUCACCAGCGUUCGGCCGGCCAUGGAAGAAGGUCGGGAGGAAGUAAGAUGUGAAAUUGUCGCCGGAGACAAGAACAGACGCUUUCGUGUGACCGACUGCGUGAUCCAAGUGGCGCGUCCGUUGGAUUACGGCGUCGACCCGAGCUAUAACCUCACGGUAAACGUCACCGGGUCUUCCGGAAACCCCGAGCAGCUGUAUGUUGAUGUACAAGUCCAAGACGUGGAGGGAUACCCGCCUGUUUACAACGACACGUGCGAAAUGCCAGUGUGGACAGAAAAGGGGAAGUCAGACAAUUUUUUGUUCGAUACGAAAUGGACAGCACAGCUGAUGACAAUGGAUAUUGGAGAAGUGUCCAUUUCAAAGUACAUCAAUCACGUUUAUAGUAAGGCACCGGUUCCGUUUAGCAAGCAGAUGUAUGGAUACACCGAUAACAGUAACUGUUCUGUACAGUUUGUAUGGGAACCCUGGCAUGCGUAUGACACCAGAUUCACUCAGUCAUUUUGGGAUGCCCAAUUGCGUUGCGUGCAUUGUUUUAAUUCGGUAGAUGAGGAAUCUGUCCUCAAAUUUGAGCUGCUGCACAGUUAUACAGGGUUUGCUCGCAUGUGUUAUUUAGGGCCUAUUCCUCGUACUGAUAGAUUCUUUAUAUUGGCCGGUUCGUUCACACUGUCGUCAAUAAAAUUGAAUCAUUUCAUGUGCAAUCUACCAGACGAAACGUUUGUGGAUUUCAUAGUAAAUGGCAAACGACGCGAAGUAAUCCCUUUGCUUUUCGAAUUUGAUGUCGAGCCAGUCGGAUGUCCCCCUAACAAGUACGGUGUGUUGUGUGACCAGAACUGCACCUGUGAGAACGGUGCCCGCUGCCAUGGGCUGAACGGGGCCUGCAAGUGUCAGCCUGGAUGGCAGGGUGUCGUCUGCGACAUACCUCACAGUACAGUGGUCAUCAUCGCGACCACUAGCGACUCGCGACAGAUUUACAUCUCCGGUUCUGUAACGCUGCACUGCAGGGUUUUCCAUCUGGCUGCUGACAGGAUGAUGUGGACAUUUCCUAAUAAAACGGAAAAGUGGCUGCAGGGCGCUCAGGAAGAUCGUGUAAGGAUCCACAACAUACAGUCCGAACACAACGGUACCUACACCUGUACUGUGUUAACGGGAGAUGGGGCGGUCGUUAACGCAAGUUAUGAGCUUCAGGCCGUCGCUUGUCCUCCCGGAAAAACGGGUGAAUCGUGCGAAGAGGAGUGCGUCUGUAGCCAUGGUGGCAGCUGUGACCGGUGGGCCGGCUGUGUGUGUCCGCCGGGAUGGACAGGAACCACGUGUCAGACCUCCUGCCCAGUUGGCAGCUACGGACAGGGUUGCAGCAGGCGGUGUCGGUGUCAGCAUGACGCCACCUGCUCCCCUACCGACGGCCGGUGUAACUGCACGGAGGGCUGGUUCGGCAGUAACUGCAGCAGGCCCUGUCCCGCAGGUCUGUACGGAAGGAAAUGUCGGCAUGCUUGUGCCUGUAAGAACAGCGCCACGUGCCACAACGUGGACGGGACCUGCACCUGCGUGUCACCCUGGACUGGUAAGAGGUGUGAUGUCACCGAACACCCCGAAACAGACUCGAACACGUUCCCGUUGUCUCUCCAGAUUGUCAUACUGAUGGUACUGACUCUCCUUGUUGCUGCAAUAGUAGUGUUAAUUCUCUACAAACGAAAGAAGGCUACACAGGCGGCAAACGAAGACCGUCUAGAGGAAGCCACAGCUCUACUGGAGCUGAGAAACAUGGAAGACGACCUUGCACAGAGUUUGCAGCCCGGCUGGCUCAACCGAUGGGAGAGGAACGCCGAUGAUCUGACUCUGGACGAACUGGUCGGGCUGGGCGCGUUCGCACAGAUCAGGAGAGGACGGCUUCGCACGGCUGGCGCUGACGUCACGGUGGCGGUCAAGUCCGUCCGCAUAGAGGACAGGCGGUGCUACCGAGCCUUCUGCCGGGAAGUCGCCGCGCUGAUAGCCGUGCACGAAAACGGUGAGGAACAAAAUACCGGAUAUCCAAACAUCGUCAAGCUCUUUGGGGUUGUCACGACGUCCACACCGAAGUGUAUUCUCCUGGAAUUUGCUGCCAAAGGCGAACUUUUGCUCAUUCUGAAACAACAACCUCGGCUGAAUGGUUCUCUUGGCAGGUUUGCCCGCUAUGCCGUCCAGAUAUCCCGUGCCCUGGAGGAGCUCCGACGUCUGCGUAUCGCUCACGGUGACGUGGCCGCCCGAAACGUCCUGGUCAGCGGCGAUGACGUCGCCAAACUUGCUGACUUCGGUCUAGCUCAUGACGUCUACGCCGAGACUACCUACGUGUCCUCAGGCAAUGACGACGUCGACGAACUUCUGCCCCUGAAGUGGAUGGCUCUGGAGUCGCUGGAGUCUCGCGAGUUCACGUGCGAGAGCGACACGUGGUCGUUCGGCGUGCUGCUGUGGGAGAUCGCCGCCUUCGGGGAGGAGCCCAGCUACCAGCGCCAGCGCCAACUGAGUUGUCCCAAGUUGGUGGGGCUCCUGAGGCAGGGGCUCCGUCUGGACAGGCCGCCCGGAUGUCCGGACAAGCUGUAUGACGUCAUGAAGUCGUGUUGGCGGGAGGAGCCGUCGGCAAGACCAGAGCCGGCAGAACUGGAGCAGAGGCUGACGGAAUGUGGCCAAGAGAUGGACGCACUUCUGGUUGUGGAGAAGGAAACUUCUGUAUAG